AUGGAGGUUACCCGCAGGCGUAUGCUGGUUAUGGUUAUGGUGGCUAUGGCGGCCGCGGCGGCUACGGCUACGGUGGAUGGAGGGUAUAGCGAAGAAGUGCAGCAGGGUCAGGGAGGUCAACAGAGUACUCAGGUAGGGGUAGCUCCUGGAUACGGCUAUGGGGGUGGUUAUCGCCAAGGAGGUGGCUCAAGCGGUGCUCAAGGGGCUUCUGGGGGACGAUCUGAUCGAUACCGCCCAUACUGA